AUGGUGCGCGUGUUGGCGGGAUCGCUAAGCGCCGCGUGCGCUUCUAUGGUCGCGAGGACGCGCUCUUACAUUGAACAUCCUACGAAACUACGAGUAGCCAGUUCAAGUACAGUGCCAGUCGAGGACCAAGAGCUGCGGCAGCGGCGAUCGUCAUCUCACAGCCAACGACGCCAACAACCGCAGCAGCAACGCGCACAAAAGCGGUACGACGCUGGAGUCUACGCCGCCAAAGUACCGACGUGCGUCGACUGCGGUGUGAGACGGAGGUGGUGUUUGACUGCGUGGGUGCCCGCCUUUUGUGCCGGUGUACUGGCUGUGCUGUGUUACGUGAACUCGCUGGAUGGCGAUUUCGUGCACGACGAUAUGGUGGCCGUGGUGGGUAACUCCGACGUCACAGGCGAGAGUAGACGGCACGCGUCGUCUUCGUCGUCGUCGCUUUGGAUAAACGAUUUUUGGGGACGUCCGAUGGCGGAUCCCCGAAGCCAUAAGUCGUACCGGCCCCUCACAGUGCUCAGUUUCAGGGCCAACUACUAUGCCAAUGGGCUGCAGGUGCGUGGCUACCACCUGGUCAACGUUGCCCUACACUGCGCUUGCUCAGUUUUGGUGGCUGUCGUCGCACGCCGUGUGAUGAGGAUAACUGCACUCCAUGCGUGCCUGGCCGCAAUGCUGUUCGCUGCUCAUCCAGCGCACACCGAAGCCGUGUCGAGUAUAGUGGGUCGUGCCGAAGUGCUGUGCUGCCUCUUCUUUCUGCUGUCUUUCCUCUGCUACCACCGCUGCCAACUUUCCAGCGAUUACCAAAGAGGUCACGGAAGGUCAAAGUGGCUCGCAGCCUGCGCUCUACUGUCCGUAUGUGCACUCCUCUCCAAGGAGCAAGGCAUCACAGUGCUGCCGCUGUGCGCCACCCUCAGGAUACGCACACUAUUAUUUGACUCUACGCGCCCACAGCUACAGAGGUAA